AUGAGUAGUAGUAGUAGUAGCAGUAGUAGUAGUAGUAGUAGUAGUGUGAGUAGUAGUAGUAGUAGUAGUAGUAGUAGUAGUAGUAGUAGUAGUAGUAGUAGUAGUAGUAGUAGUGGUAGUAGUAGUAGUAGUAGUAGUAGUAGUAGUGGUAGUAGUAGUAGUAGUAGUAGUAGUAGUAGUAGUAGUGUGAGUAGUAGUAGUAGUAGUAGUGUCUAUAAUUCCCUAAAAUGA